AUGGGCAUCGCUUUCACGCCUCCUGAUCCUGGUGCUGGAUCUGGUGGCUCAGCUGCCGUCGAGAAGUUGCCUGACUUUGGAUGGGCAAUCAACGAAACAGGCAUCGGCAAUGCAUUCCCAAUGAUUCCAGAACUGUCCUCUCCCAAGAAGGGAGAUGGCCGUCGUACACUUGGCAGCAAGAAAGAAAUCUCCGAGGCAGUGUUGUCAGAGGGUUUUACCUUUCCACCCAGAGAUCUACCUCGCCCUGGCCAAUUCACCAAUAUUCAACGGCACAAUCUGUUUACAAAGCCCCCGAGCCCUCCGCAUCCAGAGCCAAGCCUGAAUCUACCUGGUUCGCCACCAAAGGACAAAACCAUGGAUACGACCGCCAGAGCUUCACCCUUGGACUUGCCAGAGAUAUGUCUCUCAGGAAACCCAAGAGACGCAGACGCUGCUCAUAAGCAUGGAGGUGAAGCAGAGAUCUCUCAGCGAGACGAAAAUGUAAGAUGGUUUGGGCUCAGCAAUUCUCCGAUAUUUUUCAUGUCUCCUGGUAGUACCAAGUCCAAAGUCAUGCCUGACUCUCGGAGCCACGAGACGGACAAGACCCCCAGGCUAAUGUCUCCACCAAAGCUUGCAUCUUCGCCAACACAAAGCCAUAAUAAUAACAAUCUGUUCAAGGCCAUUAGUCACAAAAUGGUCACUCGUGAACAAGAUGGCCCAUCCAGUGCGCCAAGAAUGAAGGUUUUCAAUGAUACAAAGAGCCAAAAUGUACAACGCCAGCGCACCCCAAGCAUCUGUGGCGAUCUGGAACUUCCUACAUACCGCAGUCCGUUGGAAUCUCGGCCAAAAGAUCCCAAAAAAUAUAAAGAGAGCCAAGUUGUUUUUCUCUCGCGCGAUGCACAUGAACGGCCAUCCCAUCGGCGGUCCGGCUCAACCACGAGCAGCAACAUCUCCAAGAAACGGUCGCGCGAUCACAAAUCAGAGCACAAGUCAAAAGUGAGUCGCGAUCAAAGGGCAAUUCAAUGUAUUGGCGAUUUUUGGAAUCAGUGUAUCGAACUUGCAGAUGAAGAAACCGAGGUAACUAGGUCAGAGCUCAGAAGGCUCAAAAAGAUUCUUCAAGGUGAACAGGAGAAGCUUGGAGAUAUAGACAAAUUACUGAAAGCGAAGGACGCGGAGUUGUCCGCCCUUGAAGCGCGUUACAGCACGUUGUUUGAGAACAACAACGAAGUGACCAAAGAGAAAGAGAGGUUGGGUUCUGAACUCACGUGCCUGAAGGAGCAAUUGUCUGAAGAGAAGAAGCAAGGGAAGCUUGCUAAUGACAAAUGUGACGCCUACCGACGCAAGCUCAAUGAAACCAUCAGAGAACAAGGGGUUCUCUUUCGGCGUGCGGAAACUUAUUAUAAAGACACGAUGGACCAGCUGCGGAAAGAGAACGAACACAAAACAGCAUCUUCGGAGGCCGUCGACGAAGCUUUGAAAAACAGCCUCAAGAUCCGCGAGGAGAUGAAAAAAUGCACGGAUGAGUACCGCACACAAAUGGAACAAGACGUUAAAAGGAAGGACCAGGUUAUAUCAGAGCUUAAAGAAAAGUUACAUCUCCAAGAAGCUUUAUGGGCACAGGAGAAAACGUUUGCCGACAAACUGAGUGUUCAAACAAAAGAGCAAGACGCAGUACAUCAGUUGGAUUCUCUGCUCGCAGGUGGAAAUCAGCUUGCGUCCAAGAUGCUUUCGCAAGAGAAUCUUGAGCUCAAGCUAGCUAUCGCCGAAAAAAAUAUUGUUAAGAGCUUAUUACCGGUGAUUUUUUCACUGGAGAGUGAGCAAAGCAACGUCUCAAAAGCAGUGUCACAAUUAGGGGGAUCAAUUAGGCAAGAUCUCGACCGCUUCAAAGGGGAGGCAAGCCGGAUUGUGAACGCAUUGGAACAAGACGAGAAAGGGACCAGCGCAAGAUUUCAAGAGCUAUCAAGCCAUAUUCAGAACUUUGAUUGCAGUUUGAAGAAGGCAGUGGGCUCUUGUGAAAAUAUUGGCCAAAGAUUUGAUGUCCUCGCAGGCAACGAACAAAGCAAUCAACGCGAGACAAUCAGUAUGCUACAAGAGGUCUUGCAGCGCAUUUCAGCGCACGAGAAUAAAUCCAACGAAACGGAUCAACAGCUUCAACAAGCGUAUGAAGAACUCACCAAAAAGGUGGAAGCAAUGAUGUCUGAGGCAAUGAAAAACGGAGAAGAAACCAUAGAGCCGUUGAGCAGCGCCAUUACCGAUCUUCGAGCCACUUUGGAGCAGGGGCUUGGGCUGGAGAGAGAGAAGACGGCGCAAUUGCUUCAAGUCAAUGAGAAUGUCUUGAAUGUUUUAACAACCCAUAUAAGUGAACAGAAGCAUAUCGCGACUCAGGAUGGCGACAGAAUUUCCGAGUUACAAGCGACAUUAGAAAACGAGCGGGAGACGGCUGCUCAACUAAGAAACACAAUCCAAGCAUUUGAGCAGAAGGCUCAAGAAACUGAAAUCCUCCGAGAUGAAUGGCUCAAGGAUGUUCAAACAAUUGACAAGAUGCGAUCACAGCUCAAGGCCAUCGCGAUGCGAAUCCCGCAGGUCGAAAAUUGCGACAAAAAGCUAGACAGAAUCAUGGAGAUCAGUAGAUCCAUACAGUCAUCAGCCAGCUACCUUGCAACGGAAGAGGAAUGGGUUCAGUUAGAGAAUGCAGACAGAAUGCCGAACCCAGCUGCCUCGGAUGUAGUGACAUCCUGCGAAGUUAGUACAACACUGCUACCUCUCCUGGCCGAAUCCGACGGCGCGGCAGAGAUCCAGCCAUCAACCAAGGAAGAUGUUAUGGGCCGCAAAGUCACUGUUUACAGUCCUGAUCCAGGUGAGAGAUCGCCGUCACCUCCACUAACUGUGAUUCAAGAGCAAAAGCGUCGUCGUGAAGUCACUCAACUCAGAUCGAUUCUCAAAAGCCAUGCCAUCCCUGCCACAGUCGAACCAGCCAGCGUGGAAGGCCAUUCCACUCGAUCACAGACUGACCAAAGCAAAGUCAGUCAGACCGCGAACGUCUCUAUCAACAAAUCACAAUCUGCUUCGACGAAGGAGAUGGUUGCUGAAAUUCGCUCGAGGCUGAUUCAGCACAACCAUACCUGGACCUUCCCAACUGUUGCUGAUUUCGAGAGGGACAUUCAACUAUCCAGCAAGAAAAGACAAGCACCCCAGGGCAAUCCGGUAUCUUUAGAAUCUUUUGACUCCAACCCCCGAGAGAUGAAGAAGCCCAGAACUGAGCACUACAUCCAGGAGUAA